AUGUCUCCUGAAGAAGCAAGAGAGUACAACAAUAUCUUGGUCGACGCCCUUAAUGAAGAUGAGACUGCUUUCUCCAACGACUUUUAUGAUUUUGCGUGGGUGCCUGCCACUUCACACAAUAUGGUCCUUGGUCCCUAUUUUUACGACCGUUGGGAUCGACCCAAGCUUAUGAGGGGUUGGCCUACUUCAGGGCUGGAAAAAUGGAACAAGUGGCUUGAUCGAUUGUCAAGCUUGUGCAAUACGCAAUGGAGGGAGGAGGGCAUCUAUGAUGCAAUCAUGCUUUGUAAGUCCAGUUUCACGUGUGACCGUAAUCUUGUCGCAGUCGGUCUUUGUUUUUGGUCACCUUCUACCAAUACUAUGAAGUUAAGAUUUGGGAUGAUGACCCCAAUUCUUCUUGACUUAGCCGCCAUGGCAGGUUUUCGACCAUGUGGUGGUGAAGUAAGUGCUCUAUCCCCAUCAAAAUGUGAGGUUGAUUUUGGUUUCACCAAGAACAAAAGCUACAAAGUUUUCAUGGAAGUUAAUGCUCAAGAAACAUGGCCACUCACGCAUAAAGAACAAACAACUUUUCUCAUGAUUUGGUUAUGUAAAUAUGUCUUCUGCAUGGCGUCAACACAAGUUACCUUAGAAGUUCAGCCUCUAGCUGAAGCACUAGCAAAAGGCCAUCGGUUGGCCCUUGGACCAAUGGUGUGGGCGUAUUUAUAUCGAGGUCUCUAA